AUGGAUCCGCAAGAGCGCAGUCCAAAUCUGAUGGCGCAGGUGCAUGGCUUCAUGUUUUCCUGGUGGGGACUGGUGGCCCUCCUCGUCCUCAUCAAUCUCAAGUCUUUCCCGGGUGUAUGGACGAUUCGAGCACUUUACCACCUGAAGGCCUCCUUCAACGACCAGCUCCGACAGACAUUUGUAUCACCAACAGCCGAAAAUGAGCAGCGCCGGGUGCCAAAGACGCCCAAAGGUGCUGGCGACACGACUAAUUGCCACCCGCUGUUCCGGCCAGAGAUUAUAUCUUCACAUGUGCCUCCAGCAGAGAUCGACUUCAACUUGCACAAGUCCAACUCGACCUUUUUUACCGACUUGGAUAUUGCUCGCAUCAAGUUGGUGGGCCGUAUCAUGGCCCCCGCUUGGCCUCUGGACCGCAUGCUCGUCGAGUAUAAAGGCCGCGAUGGAGAGAUGAAGCGCGAGCGAGUCAAGGGACGACCUGCGCUUGCUCUUGGUGCUACCUAUACCUCCUUCAAACGAGAGAUGAAGGUGCUGGCACGCUACGAUGUGGAGUCCCGGAUCCUUGGAUGGGACUCUCGAUGGCUGUACAUUGGCUCUUGGUUCUUAAGCAAGAAGGGAGGUAAAGGCAACAGGCAGCUUUUUGCUUCCAGCCUCUCGAAGUAUAUUGUGAAAAAGGGCCGAAUCACGGUGCGGCCAGAGCAGUUCCUGACCGAGUCUGGAUGGAUCCCUCCCCGUCCAGAGAGCAGCGCAAAUAGUAAUGGCUCGGAGUCAGGCCAUGGGAGUGGUGGCAACACAACGCAGAAAAAUCAAGACUCUUGGACGUGGGAAGAAAUCGAGUCGCAUAGGCUUAAGGGCAUGUCUGUGGUGGGCGGAUGGGCUGACGUGGACUUGCGUCUGGAGGAGGCUUGUUCUUUAUGA